AGGAGAAGCACAAGUGAUAAUAAAUGAUUGAGUUGAGGUAUCUAAGAAGAUUGAAUAUGUCCAAAAGAAAAAUAAACUGUACAUGAAAAUAAAAUAAAAUAAAAGGUCCCCCCCACACUCUCAUCUGAUAUAAAUACAAACAUCUACUGCAGCACUGCGACAGUGGAAGAGGGACCCCUGUGGAAUUUAUUAGGAACAGAGAGCUAGGAAAUUAAUUAAAAAAAAGAAGAAGAAAGCUUAAAAAAAAAAUUGAAUUUUUUUUAGGCGUCCAAUUUCCCACCAUAUGUUGUUGGUUGGUGUGAGCAGUGGAUGGCAUGUUUAGAAAUGUACAAUCAGAACUCGGAGCACAAAGGGGUCGGGGUUGGGGUGGGGGUUGGAGCGGGGGCUCCUCCCAUCAUCAGCCCAAGAAUCUCCUUCUCCAAUGACUUUGCUGAUUCCUCUCAUUCACACUCACACUCACACUCACAUUCAAGAACUGUUGCUGCUGCUUACAGGGACGCUCCCGUUUCCUCAGACUUCGAGUUCUCAGUCAGCAAUUACUCUAUGAUGAGCGCAGACGAGCUUUUCUUCAAGGGGAGGUUGCUCCCAUUAAAGGAAAGUAGUUGUAGCAGCAGCAAAACCACGACUUUGAGGGAUGAGCUGCAGAAUGAGGAAGAUGAGAGCGACGACUUCUCUUUGAGGCCUCCCAAGAAUCCCACCAGGUGGAGGGGGUUUCUGGGACUUAGGAAAUCCCACAUUGGGUCCAAGAAACCUGAGAAGACCAACGAGAGGUCUGUAGAGAAACGGACAGGCUUUCAUCAUGAUGAUGUCCAAUGCAGCAAGACCUCGCAGGAUUUUGUUGAUUGACUAACAGCCAAAGAAGCGUGAAGACUUUGGGUUUGUAGAGAGGGCUGUCUGGCUGGAAAAUUUUGGGGGAAGACUUCUGGUUUUUUAAGAUGAGGUUUGGGUUAAUUAAUGAUGUAGUAAUCUAAUUGUAUUAGUGGAGAUGCUGA